GGCAGCUUCCACCGUCCUGUUUUUGAGGAAGAGGCGGAGUGUCUUUUUCUCUCUUUAGUUGUGGUGUUUCUAGGCAGACGAUGGAGCUCCCGGAGACGAUUAGAAAGCGCUUAGAUAACUUUUCUCGCAAUGUCUUAUUUGACCGGAGUCGAACCGAGUUGUUCACCAAACAAAACGACGGAUUUUUGCCUCACGGCAAACGGGUUCUGUCCAGCCUCCCGCUGCAGAUGUCGUUAUAUUUUAACAUGUGGUUCUUCCCGUGUUGGUGGAUCAGUGAAACUGUGAUGCUGCAGCUCAAGUAUCCUGCCUUGCCAGACUACUACAAGUUCAUCCUUGUGACUAUUCUGCUGCUGAUGACUCUGAUUGAGGUCAUCAGACUUUAUCUUGGUUAUGCUGGGAACCUGCACGAAAAGGUCCCAGAGCUGGCAGGCUUUUGGCUGCUCACCAUCCUUCUGCAGCUUCCUCUCAUCCUUUUCCAGCUGUUUAAUGAAGCCAUUCUCAUACAGCCCUUGGAGAGGGGCGUGCACAUAGUGCUCACCAUAUUCAUUCUCACACAGGCUGUCUCAGGUUUAGCAGCGCUGCGGGACAUGGUUAGACACACAGGAAGCCAAUUUCAUCUCCAACAGUUUGACAGACUUUGAAAGCUCAGAUGUCUACAUACGUUCUGGUGUGCCAUGGCUCACAAGGAUGCAUUCUUUCUGCAGAUCUCCCAAACACAAAGGAUGAUUUUAAAAAAGACUUCAUAUGCAUUAAGUGAGAAAUAUGUUUAUAUGGUUGAUAUUUAAAUAAAAUAUUUAUUUUUGUAUUUUUUUCACA